AUGGCAGCUACGACUUAUUCAGAAUUCAAUGCCAACACCGAGGGCUUUGAAGUUGCGGAGAAAUUUUCAUCCCAGGUUCGGGGCAAGUCAGUCAUCAUCACUGGCGUCAAUCGUGGUGGAAUCGGGUUCCCCACUGCGCAAGCUCUUGCCUCUCAGUCUCCUGCGAGCCUGAUUGUCGCUGGUCGCAGCCCCUCUAAGAUCCAAGAAUGCAUCGAACUUCUGAAGAGAGACUGGCCUGACGUGAGCUAUCGCGCUCUGCAGAUGGAUCUUUCCAGCCAGAAGUCCGUCCGCGCUGCCGCUGCCGAGGUCCUGGCCUGGGAAGACGUGCCAUCCGUCAAUAUUCUCAUCAAUAGCGCCGGUGUCAUGGGUGUACAAGAACGAACCCUCACGGAGGAUGGGAUCGAAAUGCACUUCGCGACCAACCACAUAGGACACUGGCUUUUUACCUGCCUGAUCAUGCCAAAGAUCAUCGAAGCUUCCAAGCAAAACCCCAAGGGCGCCACUAGAAUUGUGAAUGUGAGCUCUGGAUCGCCUAGGAUGUCAAGUAUGCGCUGGAGCGACAUGAACUUUGAUAGAAGCUUGAAAAGUCUUGUCUGA